AUGCCAUGUCGUAUGUUCGUCAUUAUGCGUUAUUAUACAGCAGAUUUGUUCAUCACAUUUACAUGCAAUCCACACUGGAUAGAAAUCAAGCAGGAGUUAUUCCCUGGGCAAUCACCCAUUGAUCGUCAUGAUAUUACAGCCAGAGUCUUUAGACAAAAGUUGAAAUCUUUGAUGGAUUUCAUCGUAAAACAUCAUGUGUUUGGUGAGACACGCUGCUGGAUGUAUUCUGUGGAGUGGCAGAAACGAGGAUUGCCACAUGCACUCAUUUUGAUUUGGUUGGUUGAAAAGAUAAGGCCAAAUGAAGUUGAUGCAGUGAUAUCAGCUGAAAUCCCUAAUGUACAAGUAGAUCCUGGAUUGCAUGAGGUAGUUAUCAAAAACAUGAUACAUGGUCCCUGUGGAACUCUUAAUCAAAAUUCACCGUGUAUGAUGGAUGGUAAAUGUUUGAAACGAUAUCCACGGACAUUAAUAUCGGAAACAAUUACUGGUAAUGACGGUUAUCCACUGUAUCGUCGCCGAUCGACAGCAGACAAUGGAAGAUUAACAAUUGUAAAAAUAAAUCAACAAGAUAUUGAGAUAGAUAAUCGCUGGAUUGUUCCAUAUUCACCCAUUUUAUCAAAGACCUUCAAAGCACACAUCAAUGUUGAAUCUUGCCAUUCAGUGAAAUCUAUUAAAUACAUUUGCAAAUAUGUAACCAAAGGGAGUGAUAUGGCUGUGAUUGGAAUUGGUGCAGAGAAUUCCAAUGAUGAAGUUACUCAAUACCAAAUGGGCCGCUAUGUUAGUACUGUGCAUUUAGAAAAUGGACAAAGAGUGUAUUUUACAGCAGAGAACGCAGGUCAAAGAGCUGCUCAGCCACCAUCUACUACAUUAACAAAUUUUUUUGAGACAUGUCAAAACGAUAAUUUCGCACAAACAUUGCUAUAUUCUGAAAUGCCAAAAUAUUAUACUUGGAAUCAAUCCUCAAGGAGAUUUAUACGACGGAAACAAGGAAAACCAGUACCAGGAUACCCAGAUGUAUAUUCCACCGAUGCGAUUGGUCGAAUUUAUUCAGUACAUCCAAGCAAUGGUGAAUGUUUUUAUUUACGACUGCUAUUAGUCAAUGUACGUGGCCCAACAUUAUUCCAACAUUUACGAACUGUUGAUGGUGAAUUGUGUGGAUCCUACAGAGAAGCCUGUCAACGUUUACAAUUGCUAGAAAAUGACGCUCAUUGGGAUCAAACUUUCAGUGAUGCUGUAAUAUCUUCACACGCUCAUCAAAUACGAACAUUGUUUUCUAUAAUCAUAUCUACAUGCUUCCCAUCAAACACAAUUGAUUUGUGGAUCAAGUACAAAGAUUAUAUGUGUGAUGAUAUUUUGUAUCAAAUACGGAUUAGAAUGGGAAAUCCAAAUAUGCAAAUCAGUGAAGAAAUUUACAACGAAGCAUUGAUUUCAAUUGAAGACAUGUGCUUGGCCGCGCCCAAUCGUCCAAUGCAUGAUGCUUUUAACCAAGAGUUGCACCGAGAAAAACUGUAUGAUCUCAACACUUUGAAAGAAUUAAUUCAAACAAAUCUUCCACUGUUGAAUGAACAACAGAGGUAUGCAUUUGAUACUCUUAUGAAAGUAACAAAUGAUGAAACUGGGGGGAUUUACUUCUUAGAUGCACCUGGUGAACUCUGCAAUGGCAAAGGUAAAAAAUCUUUGGAGGCUUUAGACAGAACCUUAAAAGAUCUACGGAGCAAUCAGAACCGAUUUGGUGGUGCAAUGAUUUUAUUAGCAGGAGAUUUUCGUCAAACAUUGCCAGUGAUUCCACGAUCAACGCCAGCUGAUGAACUCAACGCAUGUCUAAAGUCAUCCAAUUUGUGGAAAUAUGUCAAAGUACUUCAUUUAAGCAAGAAUAUGCGUGUUGAGUUGCAAAAUGACCAAUCUGGAAACAUAUUCUCUAAACAACUCAUUGACAUUGGUAAUGGCAAUUUUCCUAUUGACAUGUUGACUGGAUGCAUUAACUUUCCUCAAAGUUUUUAUCAUUUAACUCAAUCAAAAGAAGAACUCAUUCAGAAGGUAUUUUCAGAUGUUGCUCAAAAUUACAGAAACCAUGAUUGGUUAAGCGAACGAGCUAUAUUGGCAGCCAAAAACAUUGAUGUAAAUGAAUUAAAUUUCAAAAUUCAAGAACUAAUUACAGGCGAAUCGAGGAUAUAUAAAUCAGUUGAUUCGGCAACUAACCAAGACGAUGUAGUUAACUAUCCACCGGAAUUUUUAAACUCGCUGGAUUUGCCAGGAUUGCCACCUCACAAUCUUCAAUUAAAGGUUGGAUCGGUAAUUAUAAUGUUGCGAAAUAUCAACCAACCGUGCCUUUGCAACGGCACACGGUUAGCGAUAAAAAAACUACUAAACAACGUGAUAGAAGCAACCAUAUUGAAAGGAAAGUAUAAAGGAGAAGAUGUUCUCAUACCGAGCAUCCCAAUGAUUCCGACUGUUGUGCCAUUUGAGUUUAAACGACUACAGUUUCCAGUGCGGCUUGCUUUUGCUAUGACCAUAAACAAGUCCCAGGGGCAAUCAUUAAGUGUUUGUGGUAUUAAUUUGGAAAACCCAUGUUUCUCACAUGGUCAAUUGUAUGUUGCCUGUUCCCGUAUUGGAAAACCAUCAGAUUUGUUUGUCUAUGCACCAGGUAUGUCGGAGGUUUCAUGUGAAACGCAAGUAGUACUGUUGGUUGCAUACAUACAAUACUUGGACGGAAUCAGUGGAAGUGCUAAGCAGGGGAUGGUACUCGAACAGAGGGUGACGGUAGAGGAGACCUUCGAGGGCGGACAGUUAAGUUCCGUUAGGGAAGCUGAGUAUAACCGUCGGGUUCACCGCGUUUCAUGCGACUCUGAAUUGUUUGACUAUUGCUUAUAA